GAAGUGCGAGAUUAUAUAACAGGUGUGUCGACACAAUCUAGUUUCCAGGGUGGAUCAGAAAUUGACGUUUCUCUCUCUCGCUCUUCAGUUUCAAUUCAGUCAUAUCGUAGCGAUCUGGCAGUCGGAGGUACAUGCGUCUUCUAAGUAGAGAGACAUCAGCAUCUUCUGAGGCCGUUUUGUAAGCUCUUGAAAAGACCAGAAGAUCCGGGGGAGUCGUGCGCCAACCAAAAGUAGCCAACGUAUCGGUAAACGAAUUGCAGCGACCCCGCAAACACACAGAAAUGGACGAAAAGGCGUUUACGAAAGAACUCGAUCAGUGGAUCGAGCAGCUCAACGAAUGUAAGCAGCUCACGGAGGGACAAGUCAAAACACUGUGUGAAAAGGCAAAAGAGAUCCUGACCAAGGAGUCAAAUGUCCAGGAGGUGAGGUGUCCGGUGACAGUGUGUGGCGACGUGCAUGGCCAGUUCCACGACCUCAUGGAGCUGUUCAAGAUCGGAGGAAAAUCUCCAGACACAAACUAUUUAUUCAUGGGAGACUAUGUGGACAGAGGGUACUACUCUGUAGAAACUGUCUCUUUACUAGUAGCACUUAAGGUACGCUUCCGGGAGCGCAUCACAAUCCUCAGAGGGAACCACGAGAGCAGACAGAUCACACAAGUGUACGGCUUUUAUGAUGAGUGCUUAAGGAAAUACGGGAACGCCAAUGUUUGGAAGUACUUCACAGACCUAUUCGACUACCUGCCCCUCACUGCCUUGGUAGACUCUCAGAUUUUCUGCCUUCAUGGAGGCCUGUCACCAUCCAUAGAUACAUUGGAUCACAUCAGAGCACUGGACCGUUUACAGGAAGUGCCACAUGAGGGUCCCAUGUGUGACCUGCUGUGGUCAGACCCCGAUGACCGCGGUGGCUGGGGCAUCUCUCCUCGAGGUGCUGGCUACACAUUUGGUCAGGACAUCUCUGAGACUUUCAACCAUGCCAACCGCCUGACACUGGUGUCCCGUGCUCACCAGCUGGUUAUGGAGGGUUACAACUGGUGCCAUGAGAGAAAUGUGGUGACAAUAUUUAGUGCUCCCAAUUACUGUUACCGCUGUGGCAACCAGGCAGCUAUCAUGGAGCUAGACGACACGCUCAAAUACUCAUUCUUGCAGUUUGAUCCCGCACCCCGCAGAGGGGAGCCUCAUGUCACUCGCCGCACCCCUGACUACUUCCUGUAAAUUCUGACCUUUGACCCUUGUACAGUCCAGUAUUGCUAUGAUAUGACCUUCAAAUGACAACAUGAGUGAGGAAGGGGAAGGUGGGACACUGGGGGCACUACAGAGCAGUGCACAUUGUAUAUCCACAGAAAGACCUAUUUAAGCAUUUUGCAUAAACAAUGUUUGUGUGUCUGUGAAUGGACCAAAAGGUGUGUGCCAUACUCUUUGCAAUAUUCAUUGCUGAGGACUCAUUGAAAAGCUCCCCGACUAUGUCACAUAGUGAUGUUUAAAUUCCUGUGUGGCUGGACUUGAGGCACUGAGGUCCAAAACAAAAAAAAAAAAGGCUGUUUCAGAUGCAGCUGUUUGAAUCCCACAUGCCAUGGCUUAUUAUAUUUAGGAGGUCUGAACAUGAUGUGUUUGCACUUUUAUAAAUCUAAGUAAAAUGAAUAAGUAACA